CUGGCGGCCAUUUCCGGGUUUCAAGCGGGACAGAGCGCGUCUGGAGGCCAAAGCCCUGUCUCGGAGCGUGUAAGCCCGCACGCACGCGCCGCCCACGUCCAGCUUGCGAAUCCGGACGCCAGCGGUUCCACUAAUGCCCCGGAAGGCAGCUAGUCUAGAGGAGGCUGCUGGGGAGCCGGGCCCUGAGGAGAUGGAGGCUGGGCGGCCCCGGCCUGUGCUGCGCUCGGUGAACUCGCGCGAGCCUUCUCAGGUCAUCUUCUGCAACCGCAGCCCGCGCGUCGUGCUGCCCUUGUGGCUCAACUUCGACGGCGAGCCUCAGCCCUACCCGACGCUGCUACCGGGCACCGGCCGCCGCAUCCACAGCUACCGAGGUCACCUUUGGCUCUUCAGGGAUGCGGGGACCCAUGACGGACUUCUGGUUAACCAGACAGAACUGUUUGUACCCUCCCUCAAUGUUGAUGGACAGCCUAUUUUUGCCAACAUCACAUUGCCAGUGUAUACUCUGAAAGAGCGGUGCCUUCAGGUUGUGCGAAGCCUAGUCAAACCUGAGAACUACAGGAGGCUGGACAUUGUCAGAUCGCUCUAUGAAGAUUUGGAAGACCACCCAAAUGUGCGGAAGGACAUACAGCGGCUGACCCAAGAGCACCUUGAAAAUCAGCACCUGGGAGAGGAGCCUGAAGGAGUCCAUUGAGUUUGGUGGUCCUGAGUUUCAGCCUUGAUGGUUCUGAGUCUUGACCUACACAUAGGGCAGGUUACUUUCUUUCAGUUUUAAAUGUUUCACUCUCAGAGUAAAAUACACUCCAUGUGUAAAAGAAAGUCUAACUAACGUCACUGGGCUUUGUGGUGCUUAAGGGUAAACACCGAAUCUGCCCUUUCUAGAAGCAUUCAUCAGAUGAAGGUUUUCAUUUUUGCUUCCUGGUAAGGCUGGAAGUUCACUGUAAGGAUGUUUGUGUAAGCUCUUCAGUGGGGGUUACAGUGUGUCCUUUAAUUUGGAGAAUGCAGCAGCAUUUGAGCAGAGAGCACCCACCUCCUGCUUUGGGAAAGCUGAGAAGGCCCAAGGCUGGGACAGACAUCUUGUAGAGCCCAGUGCCUAAUGUGUCAGGAGGCUUCAGUCUCUAACGUUGGAUGGACAAACCAUCUGGUGUUGGUGGAAGAGCUUGGAGGGUGCCUCUUUGAGGAAAGCCUUAAGUGUACAAGUAAAGGGACAGCUUAGCAGCCUGUGUUUAGAAAGAAGUUUUUCUGAUUGUCCACGUCUCGGCACUUUCUUUUCACUUUUUUGUUUGUUUUUCAUUUUAUUUUAAUUUUGAGACUCUUUCCUGUAGCCCGGGCCAGCCUCAGUCACUGAGUAGAUGAUGCUAGCCUGAUCCUUUUGUGUCCCCAGCCCCAGUGUUGGGAGCACAGCCUGCUCACUCUUUUCUCAUUUUGAGACAAGAUCUCAUACUGUAGCCCUGGCCUCAAACUGGAGUCAGUCUUGCCUCCUGAUAUGUCGUUUUAGCUGAGAGGGGUUUGCAUACUCACUGUCCCCAGUGUUUUUGUAAUUUGACAUCUACAUAGGCAGUAGAAAAGAGUCAUCCUGUGUUCAGUUCUGGUUUUAAAGAGCUUCUGUCUGCGAGGAAACUGUUGACAGGAGUGGGAAUUUCUGUUCCUUUCUGUCAGUCCCUGGCAUUCCAGUGGGUUCUGCAUUUUCUUUUGGCAGGCCCUGGUUACUCUUUGAUUGGGGGUGAGGUGUUGAAGCGCCACUCAGCCACAUACUACAAACAGUGUGUCACAGAGCAGUCCAGAACAUGUAGUAGUUCUAUAGAUGGUCACAGCCUGUCUUACAUAUUCAAAUAUUCAUAUUUAUUACUUCUGUCAGACAUUUUGUAAAACAGUUGUUUGUUUGUUUGUUUUAAUUCCCCUAUUAGAAAAAUAUUAGAGAAGCACACCAGAAAAGACAGUCAACUAAAAGGAAAAGGAAAGGUUAUUCAUGCAACCACUGUAACUGGGUGUUCUCUUUGUGGGGUAUAUUGUGAUUGGUUGAAGAAAGUCAUAGUAGGGUAUGUACAAUUUUGUAUCCUGAUUAUUUCAUUGAACUUCAUUCUCUCUCUCUCUCUCUCUCUCUCUCUCUCUUUGAGACAGGGUUUCUCUGAUUGUCCUGGAACUUCUUUGUAGACCAGGCUGGCCUCAAACUCAGAGAUCUGCCUGCCUCUGCCUCCCAAGGGCUAGGAUUAAAGGUGUGCUCCAGCAUGCCUGGUCUUCAUCUAACUUCCUAACUUAACUUCCCCGAGUUACUGUGGGCACUGUGUGAACACCAGUGUGCUGCGCUCUUCUUUGACUGUUGGAAGCAUUUGUCGACAUCCUGGGCUCCUUGAGUGCACUCUGCUCUAAGACAGGUAAAAUGAGUGAGUGAAACACUGCCGUUUCCGUUUCCCAGUGCCCUGCCAGUGUCAUUCCUUAGUCUGCAACAUUCCUUGAGUGAGUGGCCACGUGGCAGCUAAAAGGGUGCCUGUGUGAGUGAGGGAAGUCUAGGUGAAGUAUUGAACAUUGGUUUUCUCUUUUUAAACCUGACUCUGUCUCAGAAAGAUCUUAUGUUUAUCUUUAAACUGGAAAUUUGAAUACUGUUCUCUGCGCUGCCUAAAAAGUGGAGACCUGUGACGGGAGUCACGCGUCACCUGGCUAUCCUGGAAAUGUUCUGCAGACUUUGUUUUCUACUUUGAGUUUUCUGAAAAGGCUUACCUUUAGUACAAUAAAAAGUGCUAAGUGAAGGAA